AUGCCACCCAACUCGGUAUGCGAGUGGAUGCUGGGACGCAAUUACAUCAAGCAACAGAAGCCCAAAGGCCUCCGAAGUCUCGUCACAUUCGAAGCCCUGACCGACGAUGAAGAUGGCUCCGACCACUUCAGGAUCGCCAUACCCAGGGGCAAGCGGGCCACUUCCAAGAACGUCCGGUUCGAAGGAGAAGCGACCAAGUCGGCCAUGAAGAAACCCGCCAAGUCAGAGGAAUCAGAGGUCAGUACCGAGUUCGACAAUCAAAGCAGUGGGGAUGAAGGGACUACCGAAGAAGAACCAGACCCUGACUGCCCAUGCACGAAGUGCGUCUGGAAAAGGAAGUGGCUGAAGCAAGUGGAACAGGAGACUGAAAAGAAGAAAAAGAAGAUUGUCGCUACUGAGUCGACUGAUGAAGAGACCGAGGAGGAGAUCGACACUGUUCAUGCCAAGCACAAGGCCAAGAAAGCGAAGAAAGAGGAAGCGGCCAAGUCUAAAGGGGCCAAUGGCAAAGAGAAUGCCAAGCCCAACGGCAAGCAGAAGGGGAAGCAGGAUGAGAAGGGGAAAGGCAAGAAGCAGAAGAAACAGGCCGCCCCUGAGACAGAGUCCGAUACAACCGAGGCCACUGAGACUGAACCCGAGACUGAGCCCGAGACUGAAUCGGAGACUGCAGUCGAAUCUGAGGAACAGUCCGAGGAGGAGCCACCCAAGAAGAAGGGCAAGCAGAAGGGCAACGACAAAGGCAAGAAGGACAAGGGCCAACAGAACAGUGACAAGAAGGCCGGCAAGAAGGAGAAGGGUCAACAGAACAGUGACAAAAAGGCAGGCAAGAAAAACAAGAAGCAAAAGUCUGAUACCGAGGAAGAGACGGAAGCUUCAGAUACGGAAGUUGAAACGACCGAGGCCGAAACGACAGAAGAAGAGGAGAAGAAAGACAAGAAGAAGAAGAAGGAAAAGGAAAAGCAGAACAAGAAGAGCAAGAAACAGAACUCCGACAAGAAGAAAGACAAGCCAGCUCCCAAAGCAGAAUCUCCGUCCAAGAAAAGUGAGAAGGCCGAGAAGCAACUCAGUUUCCCACCUCAUCACCCGCCGCCCGAGAUACGCAAAACUAGCUUCCUCCUCCCUCCCCGGUCCAAUGUCCUACACGUGGAGCACGCCGUCGAAUCCCACGAGGACCCCCGGCCGAACGCCUUCUACGACAACGAGAACGGCGUCAUGCGGGUGUACCACGGACCAGCAUACGGCAACCCCUACGGAGCACUGUAUCCCAAACGAGUGUACAGUCACCAGGACCUGCCUGUUGGCUCCCCGCAUCCGCAACACAAUCCUUGGUACAACGGCUUCCAGACCGUCGCCGGCCAGCCUGUUCCGCCACACGUGCCCCCUUAUAAGCCGGGUGACCCCAGUUACCCCUGGAUGACCGCUGCGGGCGGAGCACCGCACACACCACCCAACAUCCCUCUGCCGCCGGACUUCACCAAGGACUUCGACCAGAAGCACUACGAAAGACUGGCCAACCGAUACAGCCUCUCGCCCGAGAAACGGGCCUCGCCGCUCAAGGACUCGAACGUUAUACCCAUCCCCACCAUCGAGAUCGAGUCGCCCGCGAAGGAGGCGUCCGACCGGAAGUCGACGAAGGCAGGGAGCGCUUCGGGCUCUACCUGGGGCGCUCAGGGCGCCCCAGGGUCGGGAUCGAAGAAGGGUUCCAAGAAGACGGGCAGGAGUAGUGCCGUCGACGACAGCAACGACCUCCUCAGGAACCUCAACCAGCAGAUGGCGGCCGACACGGCCGAGCUGCAGGAGAUCCUCAGCCGGACCAACAGCAAGAACGGGAGUGCCAAGGAUCCCAGUCCUCAGCCAGAGGGCAGCUCGGGGUGGGGUGGAAACAACAACGUGGAUGGCGGUGGCGAUAAUACCUGGGGUGGUGCUCCCACCACCAGUGGUGCCGACAAUACCUGGGGCGAUGCUCCUAACACUACCGGUGAUACCGAUGUCUGGGGCAACGCCAUCGACGGCACCAACAACAACGACAACGGUGACGGUGUCCAGUGGGUCGGCAACGCCAACGACAACACCUUCUCCAACAACGGUGGCUGGGGGUCGGUCGAGAGCCCGCACCCGUCCAACCAAGGUUCCAACCACUCCAACCGCGGGUCCAACAACGGCGGCAACAACAACUCCCCCCGGGGCGCCGGUAUCUCGACACCCGUCCCGGGCGCGUUCCCGAGCCCGAGUCCGCAGGGUUCCAAGAACUCGUGGGAUGCGCCGUCCCACGCCAGCGGCGGCAAUGUCGUUGCUGGUGGGAGCGGGUCUGCGGGCAGGGCUCCCUCGGUCGUGGGCAGCCAGGGCAACAACAGCAAUAACGGCGGUGGUGCCGGUGACAACGACAACACCUGGGGCGGCGCGCCCGCCAACACGGGCUGGGAGGACGCCACGGCGGCGCAGUCGACGGGCGGCUUCUGGGGCACGGAGGAGGGCCAAAAGGACUUCGCGGAGGGCGCCGCCGAGAAGAAGGCGGCCGCGGCGUUUGAUGGUCAGGAGUGGUGGUGGGGUUCCCCGUCUCUUCUUGUUUAUUACGUUGUCUCGGUGUGCUUUUUUGUUUGCGGGUGGGCGUAUUUGAGGUUUGCUUAUUGA